UGUUGAGUUCAAACAUAGCACACUAAGAACUGGUCUCUAUCUCACAGCUCAAACUAUCAUCGUAUAGAAAAUAGAAUAGAAUAGCCUAUCAAAGAUGAAUCUUAAAACCCUAUAAGGUAUUUAUGUGACCGUUUCUGAAUAAUUUGAAUACUCAUUGAUGUAAAUGGCAUUGACAUUUACAAUAUCGUGGUUCUGAUCCAGUUGGCACUUGCCAAUAAUCAGCCUUCAAAUUUUCAUAACCAACAAAAAUUAUUUGAUUCUAAUCACGCGUAGGUUUUAACCUUGAGUAAGUGGAAAUUAUCCAUUGAAUUGUCUUUAAAUAAAUAGCAAAAUUGGGAAUAAUAAUAUGACUCUGGCCAUAGACUCCAGUUCCAAGCCUGCACCAGCAGAGAAAGCCGCUGAACCCAAAAAGCUGAAACCUUGCUGUGCUUGUCCUGAAACGAAGAGGGUCAGGGAUGCAUGCAUCAUCGAAAAUGGAGAGGAGAACUGCAAAAGCUUGAUUGAAGCGCAUCGAGAAUGUAUGAAGAAAAUGGGAUUCAACAUAUAGUUCAUCACCUCCACAUAGUUCGAGUGGACUCAUCUUGUUAAUAAGCAUCUCGAUGAUAUGUUAAAACGUCCUUUUUUGUGUUGUAAAUUGUUAAUUGUUUGUCCUAUAAAUAUUACUGAUAUUGUUUGUGGCUUUGACAUUGAUUCAAGAGCGUACUUAAUGCAAUACAAUCAUCCGAAAUGUCUUAGAUAAGCCUGUUGUAUUUAUUAAUGUAGGAGUUUAGGGUUCAAUAAAAUAUGUGAAUAAAUUUAUGUUUCUUCUUAAGAA